AUCUCCAGCUGUCUAGAUGCGAGCUAGCUAACCGGUUAGCUGUCUGAGCUACAUGUCCCCUCUUUAUCCUGGAAAAAAAUCAUCGUACAGCUCUGUCACCCCGUUAACACCGGUUUAACCGUAGUCACCAUGCCGGUUCACUCCCGGGAGAAGAAGGAGAACAACCAGGAAGAAAUGGAGGUGGAUUAUCCGGAGCAGGACGGCAGCAGCACAGACGAGGAGGACACGGUUAGCUCGUCGGUGUCUGAAGAUGGAGACAGCUCGGAGAUGGAUGAUGAGGACUGUGAGAGAAGGAGGAUGGAGUGCCUGGAUGAGAUGACGACCCUGGAGAAGCAGUUUACUGACCUGAAGGAGCAGUUGUACAAGGAGCGUCUGAGCCAGGUGGACAUCAAGUUGCAGGAGGUCAUGGCUGGCUGUGCACAAGAGUACCUGGAGCCUUUAGCUAACCUGCAGGAAAAUAUGCAGAUCAGGACCAAAGUUGCUGGGAUCUACAGGGAGCUGUGUUUGGAGUCAGUGAAGAACAAGUAUGAGUGUGAGAUCCAGGCUGCCUGCCAGCACUGGGAGAGUGAGAAGCUGCUGCUUUUUGACACUGUGCAGAGUGAACUGGAGGAAAAGAUAAGAAGACUGGAGGAAGACAGACACAGUAUCGAUAUAACCUCAGAGUUAUGGAAUGAUGGGCUGCACUCUCGGAAAAACAAGAAAAAAGACCCAUUCUGCCCUGUCAAGAAGAAGAAGCCUGUUGUUGUGUCUGGGCCUUAUAUUGUUUAUAUGCUGCAAGACCUGGAUAUUCUUGAAGACUGGACAGCAAUAAGAAAGGCGAUGGCGUCUCUGGGUCCACACAGGGUGAAGGUUGACGUCCCCGCGGUCAAGCCUGACAGACACCACCAUGUGGCGCGCUCGGAGGAUGGUCGACUUUUCUAUGACAACCAGUGGUACUGCAGAGGACAGGCCAUCUGUAUCAACAGGAAGGACGAAUAUCCCACCAGUGCCAUCAUCACCACCAUCAACAAUGACGAGGUGUGGUUCAAGCGACUGGACGGCACCAAGUCAAAGCUGUACAUCAGCCAGUUGCAGAAAGGCAAAUACACUAUCAAGCACUCGUAAAAACCAAACGCACACGCACAUCUCAGACGCCAUCUCUACUGUGUUUCUCCUUUCUGUGUGGUAUGGUUCUACAUGCUUGACAAGUACAUACGAACAUAUAAAAAACACACACAAAACACACAUACAUCUGUCUUCAAAGAAGUAACAAAAAAAAAAAAAAACUUGUGUAAAAAUGGUCAAUCACUCAUCCGAGGGGAUGAUCCUCUCUGUAAAUAUGUACGUAUGUUGAUAUCGACAAGGUCACAAAGUGUCAUUUUCUCUGGAACGGAGACGAAUGCAAAGUGCUGCUAAAAAUGAAGGGAGAAGAAAAAAAAUGACGCAGUAGCGUACUGUGAAGCGCGGAGCUCAGUCGCGUGCCUUUCUGAGACAAGACAAUGCCUUGGCUUAAAAAAGGAAUUAAAAAAAAAAAAAAACAAGUCCUGAGCUAUCAAUGCAGUGAAGCCUUACUCUGUUCUGUGUCAGCACCACGAGGACUCAAAGCAGGUCAAAGCGGGUCAGUUAAAGAGUGCGUGAGAAACCCUGAUCCAGGGAAAGAUGCCGUCGGCAGUAUGUUUGAUUUGCUUCUCCAGAUGCACAGGGUUAGACUUGAAUUUCAUGCUCUACAGAGCUUCAUAAAUCUGUAUUAGGAUCCCAAGGGACCCCCGGUAAAAAAAAAAAAAAAAAAAUCAGUUUUGCGUAAAUUGAAUUGCACAAGUGUUAAUGUGCAGAUGGAGAGUAAAAGCAA